ACAUGGCUCAAGAUGAUGUAGCCCAUGCAGUAAAACAAGACAGAUACAUCUUGGCAUUGGGUGAAAAAAUGUACAACAAGAAAGGGGAGAACCCCUCACAACACCAGCACAUUCGUCAAACUUUGCGAGAACUAGGGAGACUUGUGAUUAAAGGUAGAAAGGUGACACCACUGAAAAAGAUGAAGGAUUAUAUCAACCCAAAACACUUCCAACACAUCAUAAAAGCUGUCAAAGAAGUGACUGGCUAUGAUGAAAAGACAAACAAAUUCGAAAAAGCAACCCUGGCGACAAAGCUUGGGCAAAGCAUCCAGAAAAUUGCAGACAUCAUGGAGGGUGAAGCUCUUAUUACCCAGAAUGAAGAAAAGUUGAAGCUUGUCCGAGACUUCCAAGGCAUCUACCGUCUUCGCUGGAAUGAAAUGAUCUCUUCUGCUGCAUAUCGUACACUUGAACAGAAGAAAUGGAACGCACCGCAGCUUAUUCCAUUAGCAGAUGACGUUAAAAAAAUACACAUGUACUUAGAUGAAAAGCAGAAACAAUACUACAACCAACUGUGCGAUGAGAAAACCUCAGGAAAAUGGAGCAAUCUAGCAAAAGUGAUACUGGCUCAGAUGAUUAUCUUCAACAGGAAAAGAGAGGGAGAGGUGUCAAAGAUGUCUGUGGCAACAUUUCACUCCAGGGACAAAUCCCCACUUAACAAAGAUGUUGCAGUGGCGCUAACAGAGGUUGAGAGACUACUCUGUGCACAUUUUGAACGCAUUGAAACCUGUGGGAAGCGUGGCAGGAAGGUGCCUGUAAUCCUUACUCCAGUGAUGGUGGAAUCUUUAGAGCUGCUUAUCAAAGAGCGGUGCUCAUGUGGAGUGAGCGAAGGAAAUAUCUACUUAUUUGCCAGGCCAGGAUAUGAUACACAUUUUCGGGGGAAUGACUGCAUCCGCGCCUAUGCCAAACAAUGUGGUGCCAAGUUACCUGAAGCAUUGUCAUCAACUAAACUACGAAAACAGGUUGCCACCCUCUCCAGAGUGUUAAAUCUCAAUGAUACAGAACAGGACCAGUUUGCUGACUUCUUGGGUCACGACAUUCGGAUUCAUCGAAAGUUCUACCGUCUUCCAGAGGGAACGCUUCAGUUGGCCAAAAUAAGUAAAAUACUGAUGGCAUGUGAACAGGGCAGAUUGGCAGAGUUCAAGGGGAAAAGUCUGGAUCAAAUAACCAUCAGUCCCAGUGAAAAAAGCAUGGCUGAAAAUAAUGAGGCUGCAGACUCUUGUUCAUCAGAGAACGACUCUGAGAGAGAGGAGUCAUCUGAAAAAUCCUAUGAAGAAAAUCUGACCGGAGAGAUGUCAGCGAUUCGGGCCAAACAGCCAAUGACCAAGGGAAAGCUGGGACAAAAGAGAGGCUCACAUGAAAUUGAUGCUGCAGCCACUGAUUGUGCAUCAGAGAACGACUCUGAGAGAGAGGAGUCGUCUGAAAAAUCCUAUGAAGAAAAUCUGACCGGAGAGAUGUCAGCGAUUCGGGCCAAACAGCCAAUGACCAAGGGAAAGCUGGGACAAAAGAGAGGCUCACAUGGUGCCAAAGGAACAAAAAGGUUUUGGUCGACAAUAGAGGUGGAUGCAGUUGAAGAUUCCUUGAUGAAUUUUAUCCGAAUGGGAAAAACGCCUGGAAAACAAGACUGUGAGAAAUGCAUUGCUGCUUCUGGCCAAGCGCUAGUAAACAGGGACUGGAGAGCAGUAAAGUUCUAUGUACACAACAGAAUAGUUGCAGAUCAGAGAAAAUAAGUGUAUAAGAUGCUUCUAUCUUGGUGUACCUCUGAGGAUUUAAUGGGACUUACUUGACUUAAGCUCAUAGGCAGUUGAUGAAUGUCCUCCAUCUCACUCUGUUUGG